AUGAGCGCCUACCGGAAAACGCGGCAUAACCUGUUCCCUAGGAAGAUCUGGCAGACGUGGAAGGUUGACCCGCUGAAGUUCGAGGAGCGCGACCACGAUGUCGCAGCGACUUGGAUCGCCAAAAACCCCGACUACCGCUACGAAGUGCUCACGGACCAGAACGAUCUGGCCUACGUCGAGACACAUUUCGGUGUCGAUGGCCUCAACCGCCCUGACAUCGUCUUCAUGUACCGCGAGUUGACCGCUCGUAUCAUCAAGGCUGAUUUGCUGCGAUACAUGAUCAUGUACGUGGAAGGCGGCGUCUACACGGACAUUGACGUCGAGGCCAUCCGCCCCGUACGUUACUUCAUCCCCGACCGAUGGAACGAGCGGGACAUCGACAUGGUCGUCGGUGUGGAGAUUGAUGAGCCUGAAUUCUCAUGGCACCCUGUCCUCGGCCCCAAGUGCAUGUCUUUCUGUCAAUGGACUUUCAUGUGCAAACCGCGCUUGCCAGUGAUGCUGACCCUCAUCGAGACCAUCAUGAACUGGCUCCGUGGCGUCGCAUUGGAGCAGAAGGUUCCUAUUGGAGAAAUCCACUUGGACUUCGACCAGGUCAUCUCGGGUACUGGCCCCUCGGCUUUCACAAAUGCCAUCCUCAACGACAUCUCAGGUCGUCUGGGUCACCGUGUCACCUGGGAUACUUUCCACGGUAUGGACGAGAGCAAGCUUGUCGGCGGUGUCCUCGUCCUCAACGUUGAGGCUUUCGCUGCCGGGCAGGGCCACUCUGACAGUGGAAGUCACGAGACCAAACACGCCAUGAUUCGUCACCACUACCACGCUUCGCGUUGGCCCACCACCCACCCUCGCUUGAACCACCCCGUGUUCGGCGAAGUCGAACAGUGCAAUUGGGACAUGCACUGUGUCGAGACCUACGACCACGACGUUGAGCAUUUCAAGACACUUUCGCCUGAGGAGAAGAUGAUCCAGAUCACCAUCAAGGAAGAGCAAGAUCGUCUCGGCUUCGAAGUCGAGGCUCGUGAUGACAUCGCGGAGAAGGAGAAAGAGCGUGAAGAGGAGGAGCGGAAACGGGAGGAGGAGGAAGAUCAACAAGAGUAG